AUGCGCCGCGUCGAGAGAUGGGCGGGUUUAACACGCACAGUCAGCAAUUGGGAUGGCUUGCGAAGAGACCCAGAGCUUUGGGAUGAGGAUGGUGACUGCCUCGUACAUCUCUACGCGGUUGGACAAUCGCGACGCGGUCCCUCGUUCUGCGUCCCAUUCCAACUGCUGAAGCAUAGAAACUGCGGGUCCAUGUUUAGCCUUUGCUUCGCGCAGACAACAAAAAAUACCGUAUCGAACAACACUUCGUCGAACGUGAAGCAGCUUCCUAGUAAAGCCUCACUUAGGAUAGAGCUCUACAUCCCAGCGCCCGAAGACACUAGUCGCGAAGCAUCCUUCCAAUGGCAUAUCGCAACACGGAAUUUCUUCGCAUUUAUCUCUGGGAAACCACUAGUUGGGAGCCACUUGGGACAGGCAAUGAUCGAUUUGCAAGAAAGAAUGUGCCUUUUCCGAUCCGGACGCGUGGACAAUCAUCAGGACUUUCUGGAUUAUGUAGAGGCUCAAGGCUAUCGAGACUUCGUCGGCUUCCCGGAUUAUGCGCUUGCUAUGCUUUACUAUGCCGAGCACUACAAGAUCAGAGACGCUUGGAUCGAUGCGUUUGCACACUGCGUCGGUAUGAAUGAGAAGCUCGUUCUCAGUCCUGAAUUUCCAGUGAGUACGUCUACAGUUGGCGGACAGAGAUUGAAUAGCUCCGACUUCGGCACUGCCCGUCCUGGCAGUUGCUCCAAUCUCAAUUCGCGCACUGUAUUUUAG